UUCCGCUGAAUGCGUCAGCUAUCGCACCACACCGUGUACUGCACUGCACUACACUACAUGAGUGAUACAGAGCAUCCUUCCAAUAAGGUUAACCACAAGAUAAUGGACGCCUCCUCCUUCUUGAUGGCUCUGCUCCUCUGCGUGCUCCUACAGGAGACCGCCCUUGGGUCUGCCGCAACGCAAAUCUACAUGGAGACGACAGGUGUCUGUGUAGCUCCCGGGGAUGCAUUUGAGCUGUACUGUACACUGCGCUCGGCAUCCAGGAAAGAUACACAGGUAUCAUUCGGCAAGGGAUCCACGCCGAUCAACGACACGAGCCACACCCAGGUUCUCGCCUUCACUCCAAUGUGUCGGCAGAUCGACUCGGACUACAAAUGGGACCUGAAGGUGAGGCUGACAGUGCAUGCUGCAUCCGUGACCGAUGGGGGCGUCUACUGGUGUCGGGCAGUAGAAAAUGGCAUAACGUACACAUCGAGUGCCACCGUGUUUGUCCAACGACAAUCCGAGUUUGAAUUGGCCACUAAUUUGACGGCAAAUCUGGGGGAGACUGUCACUGUCCCGCUAGACCGAAAAUGCGACCACAAAGCUCCAGUCCGAGUCACCCGAACGAGCAGGGAUGGAAUAGUCGAAGAGCUACCCUACCGGUACAGCCACGAAGGUUAUCAGAAUGCGUACGUCGACAAGCUAGACGGCGCGCUCAUCAUUCCAAACUUCAAGUGCACGGACGCGGCUAACUACAAUUUCAAUGUAAUGGCAAGCAGGGGCUUGGAACCUGUGUCCACGUCAAAGUCCAUUGACAUAAAUGCUUCGUGUAAAAGUUGCUGCCCAGAGGACGCGGUUCCGGUGACUCCAACCCUCAAGACAACUGGCCAGGCUGACACCGGUCGCAAAACCAAUGAAGCACCGGGAACCGUAGUCGCCCCAAACCAAAUGCUGGAUGCAGAGAAUCAACCGGAUAACGGCGCUUACAUUGUCAUAGGACUCCUUGUCGUCUGGGGGAUCGCCGCCCCCCUUGUUGUGCAUUUUUGGCACCGGCGCAAGAACCGUCGAUCCUCCAGUACAAGCGAUGCAGAAGAUGGAGCGAAUGGAACCAGGGAACCGCUUAAUAUACAGGUGAUCUCAAACGGCCAAGCCCAUAGCCAGUGAAAAUAAUGAGGAAUCAAUCAAAACUGGACACGGGCCGAAACAAGAAAACAAAUUCGCCAUAUUUAUUAGGUUCAGAAAAUAGACGAUUCAGGGCACAAUGUAAAAAAUGAAAUGUUUUACAAAUGUAUAAAGUUCCAACGUUCAAGGUGUUUUUUUUGCAGCAUUAAAUCAUAGCAAAACCUAGAAAAAUCCCAUUUUGAAAAAUUCAUUACUUUUAGGUCUGCCUGAUUCGCAAGAACACGUCAUACAUUUAAGCUCUGGAGUGGUAUUCACAAUUACUAAGUCAGCUUUCAAUGCAUAUUUGAAGCCACUUAAGGGUUGUAAUUAUCAUCCUAUGGAGUGUAAAGCAGCAAACCAGAAAAGUGGGGGAAUGAAAAGAAAAAAAAGAAGAGGCCGUAAGCCGAUAUUAUGAUUGUAAAUUUAGCUUCAAUCACACAAUAUAAAGUGCCAGAAAGGUGUGUAAAAUGCUAGAGUGAACUCCUGCAAAUCAUUGAAGAGCAUCAAAUCAUAGCAUCAAAUGCUGCCUUCCAACCCCCCCCCCCCCC